AUGGCAAAGCAGUUCCAAGACAAAGUAGUCCUCAUAACUGGUGGAGGAAGUGGUAUUGGGCGCGCGACGGCGCUGAAGUUCUCCUCUCUCGGCGCCAAACUAGCCAUCUGCGACAUCAACGCCACCUCUCUCGCCGACCUCGCCUCAGCCGCACAAACACAGACGUACACGCAAGCCGUCGACGUAGGCAACACAGCGCAAGUCGACGCCUUCGUCGCCAACGCCGUGCAAACCCUCGGCGGCAUCGACCACGUCUUCAACUGCGCCGGCGUAAACCCGACCUCGAUCCCGCUCCGCUCCACCACAGACGCAUACUGGGACAAGCUGGUCAACACGAACCUCAAGGGCGUGUUCCUCGUCACGCGCGCCUGCCUGCCACAUCUGCGCCGCGGCAGCGCAGUCGUAAACGUCAGCUCCAUCAGCGGCAUCCGCGGCUCCGCGCUGCAGUCCGUCUACUGCACCACCAAGUUCGGGCUCAUCGGCAUGUCCAAGUCGCUGGCGCUCGAGCUGGGGCCCGCGGGGAUUCGCGUGAAUUGCGUGGCGCCGGGGUACAUUGACACGCCUACGAAUGCGGGGAUUGUCAAGGGUGGGGAGGCGGUCGAGAGGAUGCGCACGGGGAAUGCGUUGGAGCGGUUGGGCACGCCCGAGGAGGUGGCGGAUGUGGUGGUGUUUUUGAUGGGGGAGGAGGCCCGCUAUGUCAAUGGGAGUGUGCUGGAGAUCGAUGGCGGGUUGAAAGGGUAG